AUGUCCUUCCCACCCUGUUCUGGAGGAUGCUCAGCAGGGAGGAAUGACGGACUCAAUGGUUUUCCUUCCUCCCUUUCUGGCAGGAAGCUAAGCCGGAGGAGCUGGCGGCAGGAACAAGCAAGAACUGUGUCCCCGCCGCCCACCGGGUCCCCCACCCCCCUUGCCGGGAAUCUUGGCAGUGGCGGUGCUGGCUCCACUCCACAAACCUCAGGCCUCAGCUGGGACCAGAAACUGGCUAGCCCAGUGGAGAAGCAGUGGGCAUGGACCCCCCCCAAGUCCAAGGCGUGCCACCCAGAGGGCCUCACUUGGCCCCUGGCCACCCAGCACCCCAAGGGCACUGAGGUGGCAGCAGCUGGGGGGCCUAUGGUCCAGUGGGGUGCUGGCCAGGACUGUGGGAGUCAUGCCCAGGGAAACAGCUCAGGGAGCUGGGCCACAGGGCAGAGCUGCUCGCCCCACCACUCCUGCCCCCCCAGCACCCACAGUCACACCUCAGCCUUCUGGGCUGAUGCGGAAGUUUCCGUCACUUCUGGAAAAAGUGAGCAGGUCUUCUUGGCGGUGACUCAGGCCCUCAAGGAAGCAUCCACCCUCCUCCCUCCAGCCUGGCCAUCAGGAAUGGAACAGCAGGAGGCCCAGCCUCUACCCCGAGCUGGCCAUCUAGCUACCUACUCUGUUCUGGAGCUCAGAGUCCCUCCUGGUGCUUUCUUAGAGACCCUCCCCAUCUAUUCCACCCCUGUUUCUAGCAGCACUGCAAGACUCAUUCUCCCCACUAGGAUCCCCACUCCCAGAGGAGAGACAUGGUCCAGAUGUUGUUUUGAUGACUCUGGAGGCCAAGGGCUUCCCGGGAGAGCCUUCGUCUUUAAUCCCUGGUGUUGACCAGAGCCUACGCAGCCCAGCAGAGGGGGAAGGAAGGCAGCCUCAGCCCAGGGAAGCAGCUUGGCCACUGGCCCAGCUCCUGUCUGACCAGAAAAGGCAUCGGAGCUGGACCCAGAUGAAGGCUGGAAAAUCCCAAGCCUCUUGCUGGACUUAGCAGGACUUGACCCAACCACACACUGGAUUCUCCUCAAGGCCUGACCUUUG